AUGAGAUCCCAAGAAAACACUGAGGACUGGACUGUCAAUGAUGACAAAGAAUCCUUUGCGAAUAUUCCAGCAUCACCUGUGGACGUUUUGAAGCUAUCCUUCGCACCCAAACAUGAAUCCAUUGGGGUCAAGUCCAGUACCACAUAUACCUCCGCAUGUGUUUCCAUUGAAGCUUGCGACAUGCCUGAAGACGAGGCGGAAAGAACCUGUUCUGUUGACAUUUGCGUUGCUCUGGAUGUCAGCGGAUCCAUGUCAGGAUCCAAGCUCAAGGAUUGUAAGAGUACCUUGGAAGCCAUGCUACGUCCACUCAGCACCAAGGAUCGCUUUGGCUUGAUCACGUUUGGAAGUCGAUGCGAUGUCGUCUUUCCAGCCUUGUUAAUGACGAAGGAAAACAAGGCAGCAGCUUUAAAGAAGAUCAAGGCGCUUUCAACAAACGGAUGCACCAAUCUGUCUGGUGGAUUAUCGCUUGCUUGGCAGGAGCUCUUGCUCGUUGAUAAUCCAAACGCUGUCCGAUCGCUCUUCUUGCUAACUGAUGGGCAUGCGAAUGAAGGAAUCACUACCACUCCAGAACUAGUGGAGAUGGUCAAGAGUUUCAACGCCGAUUCAGCAUCAGAUAUCUCCGCUGCUUUGAACGAAAGCCAAGCCGCUAGACGAGUUGCAAGCUUAAGACCCAACAAGCCAUCUACAAGGCGACGUAGGCAAAUGCAGAAGGUGAAGAAGCCUCCGAGUUCUAGCAGCGCCUCUACUGUACCACAGACCAUUAAUCUCACUAGCAAGGGAGCACCCGUUUCCCUCUUCUGUUUUGGAUAUGGAUCCGAUCACAACUCGGAGAUGCUCGAAGCACUCUCGGAAGCCACACCCGGUGGUGGCUACUACUUUGUCGAAAACGAUUCCGAUGUUUUCACUGCCUUUGGAGAUGCCAUGGGAGGUAUCAUGUCUGUCAUGGCACAAAGUGCCGUGCUCAAGAUUUCUGUUCCAUCGGCUGCUUCCGAAUGUGGCGUCAAGAUUCGUGAGGUGCACCACGACAAGAAGGUCGAUCGAGGAGAUGGUUCCUUUACUGUUAAUAUGGGUGACUUCUAUGCUGAGGAACGCCGGGAUGUCAUUGUGGAUUUUGAUCUUGCCAACGUCACUAGCAACGAGCCAGUUCUUCAUCUGGUUGCCACUGUGUCCUAUAUGAAUGUUCUAACCAAGAAGAACACACAAGGAGGACCACGCGAUUGCUCUAUUUCCAGACCUGACAGCGCUGAUCUUUCUGCCGUGAACCAAGACGUUGAGGCGCAAUGGCUUAGAGUGUGUGUCGUACGAGAAAUGGAAGAAGCUGACAAAGAAGCACGAAGCAACAACAGAGAACAAGCUCAAGCCCGUAUGCGACGAGUGGCAGCUACGAUCCAAGCUUCUCCGGCGUACAAUCUCGAAGACAGCUUUUAUUGCUCACUUCAACAGAAUGUCGACGAGUCUAUGGUAGACUACGAAGCUUCAAGCUACAAAGGGCAUCGUUCUAAGAAUAUCGCACAAACUCUCAAGAAGCAAAGAGCUUGUUCGUCCAAGUCCAGCUCUAACGGAUACUACCAGACCAAGUCAAAGAAGAAGAUGUCCAAGGCUUUCGAAAUGCCUUAA